AAGCAAAACGACACCGUGUAGGAACUUAUGCACUACAUUCUCUCAGGUUUGGAAUGAUCAAUGGUGGAAGGAUCAUGAGCUUGAGAGGGAGUCACAGCAGCAACCCUAAUCUAUCUAUGAUUCUAUGAAUAAUCUGAAAUUAAUCGCAACUCCCAAGCAGAAAUUUACAGCUAGCUUAUCUCUGCCCCCUCUAUGAUUUUUUCUUUCACCCUUACAGCUUCAUUGGAUUUGGUUUAAUGGUGGGAAUACAUGCAAACACCUUAUGUGGGAACUACCUGACAUCAUCUUUUGCAGGUUCGAUUCCCCUCCCAGUAUGGCAAUCAAAACUAGUGCUUAAAAAAAUUCAUUCACAUUUUUCUGUAAAGUGCGAGAAUGAGAAAGAUAAAGAGAAGGAAGGUUCAUCCAAGCUUGUAUCAGUUGAGCGUUAUCCAUAUUACAGUUAUUUUGACUCCACUUCCGGGAAGAUGGAACCAGCCUCUGGUGCUCGGGCAAGCAUUCCUGGGCCGGAGUACUGGCCAGAAGGUACGGCCAGUAGAGUUAGAGCAGCUCAAGCUCCUGAACCAGCAGGUGUUUCCACUGGAACUCCAUCUUAUGGAAAGAGUCCUGGAAGUAGAAGAAGAAAGAAGAACAAGGCUUCUGCUUCCCCCACUUCUGAGCCUUCAGUUGCAAGUAUACCCUCGGAUGAUCCAGUGGAAGUAGUAGAGACUAAAGAUGCUGAAUCACAAGGACCAGAAGAUCUUUCUUCCCAAUAUGUUACAUAUCAGACUGAACCUGAUGAAGAGCUCACUGGGUAUGCACUGGACAAAAAAAUUGGAAACCCUCAUCCUUUCAUUGAUCCGAAAGUAAAGAAGCCUAUAGAGAAUACACUGUCAAGUGAAGAGCUAUGGUGGAACUGGAGAAAGCCAGACAAGGAGCAAUGGUCUCGCUGGCAAAGGCGGCGCCCUGACGUAGAAACGGUGUUUCUAAAAGCUAUGGCAGAGACUGGGCAAAUAAAGCUUUAUGGUGAGCAUCCUACUUUGACAGAGUGUGCACUCUAUAGAGCAAGACGACACAUAUUCAAAGAAGAAAGACUACAGGCAGAAAAAGAACGACUUCAAGAAGUAGGUCCAAUUGCAUACUACUCAGAGUGGGUCAAGGAUUGGAAGAGAGACACUUCGCGUGAAGCUGUUCAAAACCAUUUUGAGGAUACUGGUGAAGAUGAGAACACACAACUCAUUGAAAUGUUCUGCAAUCAAACUGAUAGAGAAUUCCGUAUAAUGAUGGGAACUGACACCCGUGUACGUCGAGAUCCUUUAGCCAUGAGAAUGCGGGAAGAUCAGAUAAAACAGAUAUGGGGUGGAGAUCCCGUUUACCCAACAAUAAACUACAUUCAAGAGCCAAAUGGAGUGGUUGAUUUCAGAGGGCCUAAUUUUCAUGAACCAACCCCGGAUAUGCUCUCACAUCUCAAAGAGCAUGGCAAAAUAAUUACCAGAGAGGAGCUGGACGAAAUGAUUGCAGAACUAGAAACAAAAGAUAUAGAGCAGUACCCUGAUAUGGAUGAAGCCAUGGCACAAGCUGUCAACAUUGCUGAAAAUGAAGAUGAUGAAGAGAACAGUGAAGUUGAAGGUAAAGAUGAAGAGGAGAAAUUCUCUCGCAAUUGGAGUGUUCUGAAAACUAAUCCCGAGCUUCGCAAGUCAAAGAAGAAACCAAAAAAGACAAACAUGUCUUUGGAGGAAGCUAUAGAUGACUCUGAAAACCUAACAGACUUCCUCAUGGACUUUGAUGAAGAAGAUAUGUGACUAACUUUAUAUGCACCUCAGUGCCAGGCUUGAAGAGGUGGUGAGUAAUACAAUGGGUUGAAAAUAAGCCGUUGAUAAGCACGAGGUCUCAAGUUCAAAUUAGCUCCUAUGUUCUAAUCCUAAUCCUUAUUUUAAUGACUCAUUGGUGCUAUUUUAAUAAUCAUGUAUUGACAAUGGCAAAUGACAUUUCAAAAUGGCAAUUCGAUACGAUGGACAAUCACUGAAAACAUUGGAAACUAAAAAUAAGAUGCUUCAAGUUGCG